AUGCAGACUCGCCUCCUUCUUGCUCUCUUUGCCUCCGUCCCGGCCGUGCUGUCCGGUGUCAUCCAGCAUCCCACCUGCGGCACCUGCAACCCCGUCUCCGGUGAGAACACCUGCGAUAUCACCACCUCGUGCAUCAACACGGGCACUCGGUUCCACUGUGCCUGUCGCGCCGGGUACAAGGCCUCGGCCGAUAAUGACGAUAUCACCCAGCAGUUCCGCCUGUCGGUGUCCAACUAUGAGUUCCUGGUCUUCACACCCGAGAGCACCGUCUGUGACACCCUUUGUGACAAUUCGCAGGGUGCUGGCCCUGAUCUGUGUGCUGAGGUGCCCAUUUAUGAUUCGUGCACUGUCUGA